AUGGCAGAGUCGCUGCUUCUCCCACUAGUGCGCGGCGUGGCCGGCAAGGCCGCAGAUGCACUUGUAGAGACCAUUACCCACAUGUGUGGCCUCGACGAUGACCACCGAACGCUGGAGCGCCAUCUGCUAGCCGUCGAGUGCAAGCUUGCUAACGCCGAGGAGAGGAGCGAGACAAACGACUAUGUCAAGAGCUGGAUGAAGGAGCUCAAGUCUGUCGCCUACGAGGCCGACGACGUGCUCGAUGACUUCCAGUAUGAGGCACUGCGCUGUCGGUCUAAGAUUGGCAAGUCCACUAUCCGCAAGGUACUCGGCUACAUCAAGCACCACAGCCCGCUACUCUUCUGUUUUGAAAUGAGAAAGAAACUCAAGAACGUACCCGAGAAGAUCAAUAAAUUGGUUGAGGAGAUGAACAAGUAUGGACUGGAGAAUUCUGUACAUAGGGAGGAGCAGCGACAUUCUUGGCGGCAGACACACUCAAAACUGGACGACUCUACCAAAAUCUUUGGAAGAGAUGAUGAUAAGGAAGUGGUGGCGAACUUGCUGCUGGACCAGCAAGAUCAGUUGAAGGUGCAGGUCCUGCCCAUCUUUGGGAUGGGAGGUCUUGGCAAGACAACUCUUGCUAAGAUGUUGUAUAAUGACCAAGGGGUCCAGCAGCAUUUCCAGUUGAAGAUGUGGCACUGCGUGUCGGACAACUUUGAUGCCAUUGCUAUUGUCAAAUCCAUCAUUGAGUUGGCUACAAAUGGAAGUUGUGACCUGCCUGGCAGCAUUGAACUAUUGCAAAAGCGACUUGAACAAGUCAUUGGCCAAAAAAGGUUUAUGCUCGUGCUUGAUGAUGUGUGGAAUGAAGAUGAGAGGAAGUGGGAGGAUGUCCUGAAGCCUCUUUUGUGUUCUAUUGGAGGACCAGGAAGCGUAAUAGUUGUCACAACUCAAAGCCAGAAAGUGGCCGCUAUAAUGCAGACCCUUCAACCCCACAAGCUAGCAUGUCUGAGUGAACGAGAUUCAUGGGAAUUAUUUGCAAAGAAAGCAUAUGGCAACGGUGUAGAGCAGGAGCAAGCAGAGUUGGUCGGCAUUGGCAAACGUACUGUCAACAAAUGCAGGGGGCUGCCUCUUGCUCUCAAGACAAUGGGUGGAUUGCCAAGUUCAUAUCAACAAGUACAAGAAUGGAAGGCCAUCGAAGAAAGUAAUAUUAGGGAUAAUGAUAGAGGGAAAGAUGAGAUCAUUUCCAUCCUAAAGUUGAGCUAUACCCACCUAUCAUCUGAAAUGGAGCAAUGUUUUGCAUUCUUAGCAGUUUUUCCCAAGGACUAUAAGAUGGACAGGAACAUGUUGAUCCAGCUAUGGAUGGCAAAUGGUUUUAUUCAAGAGAAGGAACAAUGGAUUUAA